AUGGGGAACGAGAUGUUCCUCACUCACAAGCCAUCAAAGCAUUUGUCACUCUGGCUAGUAAGAAACAGGUGGAAGGUCCUUCCUCACCUGCUGUGGAUUGCUGCUCCCGCCAUGGGCCGUGGCAACAAAGAGCAACCUCAGAGGUAGCAGGUACGUCUGUACAAUACCUUUUUAGUGUCAGCGGUCAAUUUUUGAUGGGGUGAGGGUCCUGUGGAGGACUGAAGGGAGCAGGUGUGGCGGAAAUCCUUCCUAAAGGCUGUGGUGCCUGGGCUUUGGCCAGUGAGGGAGGCACUUAAUAUGAGGAAUAAUGAUUCGUUGAUUUAGUUAGCCUUACUGCGAAUCUGAGAAGUAUCUCUGACAUGUAUUUGCUGAACCUUUUACAGUGGUACCUUGGUUCCUGAACGCCGCAAACCCGGAAGUGAGUGUUCCGGUUUGCAAAUGUUUUUCGGAAGCUGAACGUCCGACGCGGUUUCCGCUUGAGUGCAGGAAGCUCCCGCAGCCAAUCGGAAGCCGCGCCUUGGUUUUCUGAACUGUUUCAGGAGUCAAACAGACUCCCAGAACGGAUGAAGUUCAAGAACCGAGGUACUACUGUGUUUAAAAAACCCGAGAGAGGAGAUUCCUCUGUUUCACCUGUUUGAGUUCUGAACUGCUCUUUGUCAUCAGGAAGUUUUCCUGAAAUGUCUUUAAUUUUCUGGACCAAAGGCUCAGCCUUUUAAGUUGGGUGUCCUAUUCUUCAUGCCCUCUGCCACCUACUUAUGCUAUAUUAUCAUCAUCAUCAUCAUUAGGUUUGCAGCAGCAUUCCAUGAUCUCAUUCAGAGGUCUGUUGCAAAUUUUGGGGACUGAAUUUGGGAUCUCAGACACUCAAAACUUGCUUCCUUUGAAUCCCGUUAUAAACCCUCUGGAAUCCACAUGUUGGCAUCCGUCUGUCUCGGGAGACAAUGGGAGAGUGUGUCUUGGGGGAGGGCGAAGUCAAACCACUGGAAGGUUAUAGCACCUGCUGUAGCUGUAGACAGCAAUAAAGGAGAGACAUGUUUUGUUGCAGCUGGGGCACAUGAAGGCGUCCAGUUUUGCUGCUGCAGAUGCACGAUGGCAUUUCUUCUUUCUGCGCUCCUCCCAGUGGUCAUUCCUCCUCUGGCCACUGCUAUGGAAGCAUGGCUUGGCUGAUGGUCUCCACGCACCGCUGCUGUCUGCAAGGCAUCCCACCUGUUGAGACAUAAUAUUUCUACAGAGGGGGUCUUUAGACUUUAAAAAAUAGUUCUUUGUAUUUAUUUUGAACAAGGUCUUCAGAUUUCUAGAGAGCUAGUGGGUGGGACUCCCUGCUUGCCUGCCUGUCUCUUUCUCUUUGCAUAGGAUGGGCAGGAUCUGAAAGGGAGAAAACCACAUGGUGCUCACCCAUCAGGUGACUUUGUAAAGCUUUCUCAGCUUCUUCAGAAAUAAUCACCAUAGACAUUCCAAGCUUACAGAUAUUUCAUUUGCCAGCAUCCCCGAUAAAGACCCCAAAUGUGGGUACACGGCACCAGUCAGUUGGGGAGGAAAAGUCUCAUCAUUCACGUUGCACGGAACAAAGUGUUUACGUCCCAGAGAUGAAUAACUUCUAAGUUUCCAGGUUCCGACUUAGUCACUAUGUGACUUGUCUAUUGUUGCUUAUAACCUUGCGUCUCAUGACGAUGACUUGGAGUCUGUCAACUGCUCACAGCCGCCUUUUGUCUUAAAAGAAAGGAGCGAUCUGACCGACUCUGGGAUGUGCAGUUUCAGAUUUCUGGAGAAUACCAGUGGCUUCUGGAUUUAGCAGCCUGCUUUAACAUAGAUGUGGCUCCCUCAUGGAUAAUAUCACGGUGAGUGGGUGGAAUGCCAAAUUAUAUCCUUGCACAACUGUGUCUCCAUGUCAAAACUGUGCCUACAUAGCACACUUUAUACUGUAUGUGCUUUUUUUUUUUUUUUUUUUGGAGUAUGCUGUAUAUAUAUCUUCUAGUUGUUUAAGAGUUUGUUCAUUUUUUAAGCUGCUUGAAUGAAGUGGGUUUGUGCAUUGAGGAUUCUGUUCUUGAGACCAGGGGUUUCAAACAAUUGUGUGCCCUUGAUUUUAUCCCAGCUGCUCUAAUGUACACGAGAAAGAUUUGAACCAGCCCCUGUGCUCUGUGUGUUGCGUUUCGAUGCAUAUUUACUAAGAGCAGCUGAGAGAACUUAAAUCUGUGUGAGCUUUAUGUUCCGCAGCUGCAAAAUGCCUUCCUUCGGCAAGAUUCCACACUGCCUCCCCCUUUGCCACACAAACCCCGUCUUUUCUUCCAGUGUUUGUUUGUGAAGAGACUUUUGGGAACGGUGCCUCUGAGCGGUCACACACUCUGGCGUUCAGCCCGGUGUUUUUCAGGAGCAGAAACAUUUCUAGUCAGCAGCCACCCAGCUUUUCUGUUAUGGGAAGUAGUGAGGCAACGGUCAUCAACCCCUUGUUUGUCAGGAGCAGCAGUGAAGGCUCUGUGUGCCGACGGCAAGCGGUGGCCGUGGUGGGAUCCUGUCAACAAGCCCCUUGUAUGUACAGUCAUACCUCGGGUUACAGGUGCUUCAGGUUGUGUUUUUUUCAGGUACAGACCCACUGAAACCUGGAAGCACCGGAACGGGUUAUUUCCGGGUUUCGGGGGUCGCGCAUGUGCAGAAGCGCUAAAUCGCGCUUUGCACAUGCACAGAAGCACUGUAUCACAACCUGCGCGUGUGCAGACACCUCCGUGUGGGUUGCGAACGUGCAUCCCGCACGGAUCACGUUCGCAACCUGAGCGUCCACUGUACACUGGUACCUCGGGUUACAUACGCUUCAGGUUACAGACUCCGCUAACCCAGAAAUAGUACCUUGGGUUAAGAACUUUGCUUCAGGAUGAGAACAGAAAUCGUGCUCCGGCGGCGCUAAAGUGGUGCUUCAGGUUAAGAACAGUUUCAAGUUAAGACGGACCUCCGGAACGAAUUAAGUUCUUAACCUGAGGUACCAUUGUAUAUGUCUGUAUGUGUAAACAUGGGAUGUAAGAGUGCCCCACACUGUGCCGCAAGGAGAUAGGAUAAUAAUAUAAGGAUGGAAUAAGAAAUACAGUGAAUAACACAACAAUAACAAAAAUAAUAGUAGGUAAAGAAGAUCGCACAUGGGUGGAGGGAAGUACUGGGCUGUUGGGGAGGGAGGUGAAGGGAUUAAUUGAAAUUGUUAAAGAUUGGCAUAGGAUUUAAGAGAUUUAUAAAGAUUCUAUAAGGAAAGCAGCAAGCAGCGAGAAAUAUCAAGUAAAGAUAUGGGAGAGGAGAUCAGUGUAAAUGAAAACAUGAGACUUAUGGUUUUGUUACAUAUGAUUUUAUUUUGGAGUUGUCUGUUUAUUUUAGAGUUGUUUGUUGUAAAGAAUGUACAGUGGUACCUCGGGUUAAGUACUUAAUUUGUUCCGGAGGUCCGUUCUUAACCUGAAACUGUUCUUAACCUGAAGCACCACUUUAGCUAAUGGGGCCUCCUGCUGCUGCCGCGCCGCCGGAGCACGAUUUCUGUUCUCAUCCUGAAGUAAAUUUCUUAACCUGGAGCACUAUUUCUGGGUUAGUGGAGUCUGUAACCUAAAGUGUAUGUAACCUGAAGCAUCUGUAACCCAAGGUACCACUGUAUAUUAUGUGAAUAAAAUAAUAAAGGAUUGGAGGGGGGGGGUGGAGAAAAAGAAAAAAAAGAAAGUGGGCUCCAGACCCCAUUCUGAAACCCAAAUUCACACAGAGCCAGUGUUCAAAAUUCGCCAGGCGCAUUUUGCACCUGCCUACUGGCCACUUGCAACCAAGUAAAGAUGCCCAGGCGUCAGAAUGGCUCAUGACGUCUCCACCAUCUGGAGGUGCGUACCUGGGGGUCCUUGGAUCUUGACUGUUUUCGCACACUAGCAACACAUUCUGCAGAAUUCCACCUGUUAUAUUUUGUCUGCACAAUCAGAAUGAAUCUGAGGAACCAAAAAGUCAUAUUGAAAAAUAGGACUUUUGUGCUGUCUGUCUGGCCCCAAAAUGGCGACUCGAUAUUCCAUUUUGGCAACUGUAACCCUGGUUUAAGGGGCCAUUUGGUACCUAGCUUAUAUAUCUGAGUUUCUAAAACUGCAAGGAGCCUGAUAGUUAUUUAGUGAGGAGAAAGCACACACUUCUCAUCACUUGGUGUGAGGGCGAUCUGGCUGCGACAUCUGUCACCCCAUUGAUCGCCAGGGUUGAUUCGGCUGAUCUGGCUGGCUAGGCGGGUGUCCCCUUCCUCCCUCACUGCUCCAUGUGCAUCCCUCCCGAAGCUGCGCGUUCGGUGGAAGAGGACGACCAUCCCAGAUAGAAGGAGUGUACCGUUCUUCGGUCAAGGGUAUACGAUAGCUUGGUGUGUUCCAAGGCUGAACCAUGGAAUUGAGAACAGGGUUUUUGUGUGUUUGGAUGUUUUUAGUUGCCAUUUAUCGGACUUGCGCUGUCUGUGUGGCCCUGGGUUCUCCUGGCUAGAAAGGACUGUAAAGCUAAAUAACUGUCCAGCUAAGCCACUGAAAGCAGCAAAGGAAAGUGUCCCAGAGACACAUGGAGCAGUGCAACUUUGAAAUCUUGGCCUGUGCACAAGAUUGUACUGCGAUCAGAAAUGCUUUUGCUGUUGCACUUUAGGUUGCCUUCAAAGCAAAAGCAUUUCAGAACACGGCAUAACCUUGUGCACAGGCCAAGAUUUCAAAGUUGUCCAGCCUGCUCCAUGUGUCUCUGGGACACUUUCCUUGCUCCAGAUGAGUGGAGGUGGCAUAUAUCAGCUGGGAGAAGAUGCUUUGUGCAUGCUCAGAGACACACUUGUGCCAUGAUUUCCUGCACUGGAGUCAAAGCCCGGUGUUUAAAAUAGGCUAUGGGGCUGCCACAGCAUGCAUGUCCCAGAAUCUGUGUGAAAAUGGUUGUAAGGAGUUGCUUUCUUUCCACAAUGGCCUGUCUCCCCCAGUACCACCUGGUCUGACAAUCAGUGGAUUUCCAAGGUGUCAUGCGGGGAGUUUCACAGCCCUACUAAAAAUUCUGGGCUCCCUAUUCAUACAAAUAUGUGUCCUGCUAUUGGGCUAUGGCCCUAACUCUGAAAAAUCCAGGUCUCUUGGCCAGCUAAGAAACUUGCAAUGUUAUAUAAUCAUAAUAAUAAUAACAUAUUAUUUAUACCCCGCCCAUCUGGCUGGGUUUCCCCAGCCACUCUGGGCGGCUUCCAACAAAAUAUUAAAAUACAAUAGUCCGUCAAACAUCAAAAGCUUCCCUAAACAGGGCUGCCUUCAGAUGUCUUCUAAAAGUCUGGUAGUUGUUCUUUGACAUCUGGCGGGAGGGCGUUCCACAGGGCGGGUGGCACUACCGAGAAGGUCUGGUUCCCUGUAACUUGGCUUCUCGCAGCGAGGGAACCGCCAGAAGGCCCUCGGAGCUGGACCUCAGUGUCCGAGCGGAACAAUGGCGGUGGAGACGCUCCUUCAGGUAUACUGGGUCGAGGCCUUUAAAGGCUUUAAAGGUCAGCACCAACACUUUGAACUGUGCUCGGAAACGUACUGGGAGCCAAUGUAGGUCUUUCAGGAUUGGUGUUAUGUGGUCUCAGCGGCCGCUCCCAGUCACCAGUCUAGGUGCCGCAUUCUGGAUUAGUUGUAGUUUCACCUUCAAAGGUAGCCCCAUGUGUAGAGCGCAUUGCAGUAGUCCAAGCGAGAGAUAACCAGAGCAUGCAUCACUCUGGUGAGACAGUCUGCUGGCAGGUAUGGUCUCAGCCUGUGUACCAGAUGGAGCUGGUAGACAGCUGCCCUGGACACAAAAUUGACCUGCCCCUCCAUGGACAGCUGCGAGCCCAAAAUGACUCCCAGGCUGCGCACCUGGUCCUUCAUGGGCACAGUUACCCCAUUCAGGACCAGGGAGUCCCCCACAACCGCCGGCCCCUUGCCCCCAAAAAACAGUACUUCUGUCUUGUCAGGAUUAAACCUCAAUCAGUUAGCCUCCAUCCAUCCUCCAACCGCCUGUUAUUUAGACAUGGGGGAAUGUGAUUCCAACAUGGCAAUCCAGGGUAUGGAUGAGGCAGAGGUGUUCAUCUGGGAAUCUGGGGAUGCCUCCACCUCUCUCAGUUUUCCACAGGAAGAAAUACAAGUCAGUGCAAAUGACGGGAGGAGUUGGGGGCUUGUUUUUGUCUCCCUGGACUACAUGUCAGAUAAAUAUGUAGACCAGAGGUUAAGAGAGCUGUGGCUUCGUGGUUGCUGUGCUUAGCUUUUAAAAUUGCAGCGUUCAGAGUUCAGCAGGUCUUGUGACAAGCCUAGCGCGGAGGCAAGGGGCUUACAUUCUUGCCACCCGCCCCGUCUCCCCAGGCAGCUUUUGUCCGUGACUGUCCUCUCUCUGUUUGGACUCGGUUGGUCCUGCCCAGGCUGUCUGCAAACUCCUUGAGGAGCAGGUUGGUGUUUGUGCAUCUGCUUUGUCAGUUUGGGGAUAGAUUAAUAGCCAUGAAGCCCAGUUGCUUCCAUCCUGGCUGGCGUUGCUGGUAAAGGGGCUUACUAGGAAGCAGAACGGAGACUACUAAUACAAUAUUGAGCACUUUGCCAUGUUCCUCUGCGGGUGGAUGGUUGUGGACCAUUCUGCUCAAGUUUCUCUUGUGAAGUCUUUUUAAAAAAUUAUUAUUGAUUUGAUUUUAAAAAGUAUAAACAAAAAACAAUUCAGAAUCCAAAUAUCAAGAUUACUCUGAAUCUCCUGACUUCCCCCGAUCUCUUCCAUGGGUCGUAAUGAUAAUAUUUACAACUGCAUAUCAAUGCUUAUCCAAAUUUUUAUCCUUCUAAAUUAUCCAUACUUUCCGUUACUUUACAAGUGAGUUUAAAAUCCUGCUAAUAUUUUAACCUGCUUACAGUGGUCUUAGAAGUAAAUUAUAAACUUCUCCCAUUCUUUUUUAAAGUUCUUGUCUUCUUGAUUUCUGAGCUUCCUAGUUAAUUUUGCCAUGUCGGCAGAGUCCAUCAACUUGGUUUGCCAUUCUUCUCUAGUCGGGGUUGUCUCUUCCUUCCAUCUUUGUCUCUUCUGAAGGCUUAGCGGAAAGGGGCUGCUCAACCUAGGACCCGGCCGAAUGAUCGUGUGGCUCUGAGAAGGAAUUUGGUCCCUGUGGUCCGACUGCCUGCUGUUCUGAUGGAAUGAGUUGCAUGCGGCUUGGCUCGCUUGCUUGAGCCGCCUAGCAGUUUUGCUCAGUUAGCUCCUUUCUGCAGCUCACCUGCUCUCCAUAUCUGGUGUUACGGGCUCUUCUGGGUUGUGUAGCCUGAUCUUUUGAGUGGGUAGGGGGAAGUUCUGGGUGGGCGGUGCUGCUUCCCCGCAGGGGCUUCAGCUGAAUGGCCUUUUGGUUGCUUCCGGGUCUGUGAUUCUAGAUCAGACAUACGGCCCAAAGAAGGUGGUGGACUCUCCUCCAUUGGAGGUUUUUAAGCAAAGGCUGGGCGGCCAUCUGUCAUGGAUGCUUUAGCUGAGAUUCCUGUGUUGCCCGGGGUUGGACUAGAUGACCCUCAGGGUCCCCUCCAGCUCUACAGUUCUAUGAUUCUAGGAGCCUGCCAUGAGCUGAGCUCCCUGAGCCUGUAGAAGAAGCAAGAGGGGCCCAGGUUCCCUGGCAUAAUUCGAGGGGGGAACUGGGCUCUGGGAACUUGUCUCACAACUUUAGAGGGGGGUGUUUCGCACUCAUGGCCAGGUCCCUGGCUGCUGGGUCCCCCAGAUACUGAUGGGAGUUGUAGCAUCUGGAGAGCACCAGGUUGGAGGAAGGCUGUACGAGUUGGCCUCUGGUCUCCAACUCUGCUCAUGUGACUGUUAUGUGGUGGGUAUUCCAGACUAAUUGUGCUGGUCCCGAGGGUUAACUGUGCGGCGAGGUCCGAGUCCAGUCCGAGGUCGAGGGUGCGGUAUGGAGGCUGUCUGUCAAAGCUGAAGCGGGGUCCAAGGCAGGCAGUCGGGUGAGGUCAGGAACUCUGGCAGAAUAGCAGGACAGGGUGCAGGCAGGAACAGGCUACCAACAAUGUUGCUCCUGGAACCUGGGACUGGCCAGCUUUUAUCUGCCCCGAGGCAUAGGACGGCCCCGAUCCUCUGGUGACUCGCCUCUCCUGGCCUGGAGGCGAGCACUCCUCCUGUGGGAACUUAGUUCCCUCCGCCUCUCUGCCCUGAGCCUCUGCAGCUCAGGAGAGGCUGGAGGGUUACCGGACCCAGAGGCAACCUCAGCUUCCUCUGACGGGGCUGAGAGUGGAGCACCUGCAGGCAAUGGGUCCUCCAUCACCUCAGGAGCCAGAGCAGACUCAGCUGGUGCCUGCACAGGUGAGGACCCUUCAGGCUCAUGCCCCAGCCCCGGCUCAGCUGGUUCUGGAGGCGGGGACUCCUGGUCAGGCUGGGAUCCCUCAGGUUCAGCCUCUUGAGUCCGAAUCCCAGGCCAUCACACUAAUAAGCACAGAGGUCAAGCUAGUGGACUUGUUCACGUGGUGUUUGACUUUCUUCCUGUUUGCUUUUCCUCAGGUUACCAUGUGAUUCCAGAACUGGGCAGAAGCAGCAAUAG